UCUUUUCUGGCCUCAUUUUUAUCGGGCCGGUCCGACCGAGUUUUUUUUCGGGCCAAAAUUCAAUGGCCGAUUCGAUCUUUCGGAUCGAGCCCCCAACCCUAACUUUUUUUUAAAUUUUUUAAAUUUCUACAACCAACUUUAAUAUUUUUUAUUAAUUUUUUCAAAAUUUCUUAAAAUUUUUUUUAAAUUUUUAGAAUGUCAACACAGGGCGAACGUUUAAUUAUGUAUUUAAUUCUUAGGGCAGAUCUCAUUUCUGAUUUAAAAUGGCCGUUAGGAGCUGUCUUCACUCAAAUAGCCCAUGCAGCCACAGCUUGUAUAUGGACUUUUAAAGACGACCCAGAAGUUAAAGAAUAUAUGGGAAAUAUGGAAAAUAUGCAUAAAGUGACUUUAAAGGUGAAAGACGAACCAGAAUUAUUAGAACAAGCAAAGAAAUUGGCAGAUGCCGGUAUUCAACACAAAAUUUGGAAUGAAGAUGGAAUGGCUGUUUGUAUAGCUAUUAAACCUCAACAAAGACAGAAACUGAAACAAUUUAUUGGAAAUUUGGCUCUUUAUAAAUGA